AUGAUGCGCCAAACUAUAUUAUGUGUUGCGCUUGCCAUGUUGGCGGAAAGUACGUAUGCCUUCCAAUCGCCAAAUCUUCUGUCACGAAGAACAAACCAUCAGCAGCACAUUAGCACAUCGUCUCUUUCGUCCACAUCCGCCGACAUUCUUGCCCGUGCUCGCAAAGCGGCUGGAGUGGAGGAAGAACAAGAAGAAGAAAAGAUAUUUGACGAUGCCUUGUUGGAAGACAUGCAACAAUGUUUGAUCACUUUGGAAACCCGUGUCAAGGAAGGAGCUGGAUCAAUUCCACUCUUGGAAAUUGAACAGCUUCAAGCCAUGGCAACCAAUAUACUAACUGAAAUGAAGGCAAAAGAGAAUGAACGAUUGGCUACACUUUCGUCAGGUUCGGCACCAGCAGCUGCUGCGGUUGCAGCUGCGGCUGUCCCUCCACAACAAUUGGAAGGAUCCGUGGUAUCUGAAGUGUCAGCACCCGCAGCACCAGCAGCCCAAGUUGCAUCCACCAGCGAGAGUGCUGAAGUAGCCAAUACGUCGGAAGAUGAUGGACCAGCAUAUGAAGGUAAAGGAGGAAUGGGUUUGGCCGCGGGAACAGCCAACACUUGGGUCAUUGAGGGCAUGGAUUCCAUGAGUCCCGAGGAAUAUCAAGAAGCAAUCCAAGCAUCCAUUUCGGCUCGUCAAGCCGCAAGAAAAGAAUCGGGUGUCUACGGAAACCGAAAUUCCAACGAUUAUCUCAAUACCUUGAAUGGAGCUAAGGGCGGAGGUAUGCUUAAGUAA